AGAGAGAGAGAGAGAGCGAGAAAAGAGGUUCACAACAGCUGGACAAAGCUAAUGCUCCUCGGGGGUUGUAUGCAAGGAUAAUAUGAGAUUUCAAUAGCACACUAAAGCAAGAAAGAGAGAGAAAGAGAGAGAGAGGGAGGGAUGGGAAGUGGAACGUGACUGUGCGUUGCACGUGACGUAUGCGUAAUCACUGAACUCGACAAGUCUGGAUGCGAGGAUGUCAGCACAGCCGCAGGAUAAUCUACGCACAUUUCUGCGGCAUUUGUAUGCCGAGUGUGUCUAUCGCUAUCAGAAUGAGACGUCAACAUACCAGACAUCAACAGACUCCAAUGAUGAGUCGGAUGAUGGGGAGCUGCAGCCACAUGCGCCACGCUACUUGGAGCAGGCGAUGCUCAAUGAGGGCACGAUUGAUAUGCAGAAUGUCGAUGAGCAGUCGGCGAGCAUGAGUGAGCUUUAUGCCACGAUACAAACCGCAACAAUGGCUACAAAUCAGCAUUCAAUCCCCAACAACAACUAUGCGAAUAACAACAUCAACAAUAGCGAAACCGAGCGCCUCUAUUGUCCCGUCAACUUUGAUGGCUAUCUCUGCUGGCCACGCACACCAGCUGGCACCGUAUUGAGUCAAUUUUGUCCCGACUUCGUUGAGGGAUUCAAUACCAAGUUUUUGGCCCACAAAACUUGUUUAGAGAAUGGCUCGUGGUAUCGUCAUCCAGAGAGCAAUCAAAUCUGGUCGAACUACACCAACUGUGUCGACUACGAGGACAUGGAGUUUCGCCAAUUCGUCAACGAAUUGUAUGUGAAGGGUUAUGCGCUCUCCUUGCUGGCUUUGCUCAUAUCGAUCAUCAUAUUUUUGGGCUUUAAAUCCUUGCGCUGCACUCGCAUCCGCAUCCAUGUGCAUCUCUUUGCCUCCCUCGCCUGCACUUGCAUCGCCUGGAUAUUAUGGUAUCGUCUCGUUGUCGAGCACUACGAACGCAUUACCGAGAAUCCCCCCUGGUGCAUUGCUCUUCACUUGGUCGUUCACUACUUUAUGCUGGUCAACUAUUUCUGGAUGUUCUGCGAGGGUUUGCAUCUCCACUUGGUGCUCGUUGUGGUCUUUGUCAAGGAUACGAUUGUGAUGCGUUGGUUCAAGAUACUCAGCUGGUUGUCCCCGUUGCUCUUUGUCAUUCCUUAUGGCAUCGCUCGUCACUUUAGUGCCAACGACAAUCAGCAUUGCUGGAUCAACGACAGUCUCUACUUGUGGAUCUUUUCGGUGCCCAUCACUCUCUCGCUACUCGCCAGCUUCAUCUUUCUUAUCAAUGUGCUGCGUGUGAUUGUGCGUAAAUUGCAUCCACAGUCGGCGCAACCGGCGCCGUUGGCGAUAAGGAAAGCGGUGCGUGCAACAAUCAUAUUGGUGCCACUGUUUGGUCUGCAACACUUUCUGCUGCCAUAUCGACCCGAUGCUGGCACCCAAUUGGAUCGCUUCUAUCAGCUGCUAUCGGUGGUGCUUGUCAGUCUCCAGGGAUUUGUGGUGUCGUUUCUGUUCUGCUUUGCCAACCACGAUGUGACAUUCGCCAUACGCACGCUUCUGAACAAAUGGAUGCCCAGCUUGGUGGCGCCCCCGCCUGCUGGGAGUAAUACUGGACAAUUGGCAACAACCACGCCCAGUCGCGAGCUGGGCGUCUAAGCCGAGUCGCCACCAACGCAUACAGGCAAUCGAUAUGACGCAGCUGCGUUUUUAAAUGGCCAUCGAAGUGAAAACUGUAAAAGAAAAACAAAAGUACUCUACGAUGCUUUGCAAAGGCAAAAGAUCAAGC